GUUAAUUACGGGCAAGACUUGAUGAAGAGCUUAGACCAAGAGAGGGAAGCCACUGGGUAACUACUUGACGACUAUGAGUGUUUCAAGUAUAAUUAUAUAUACCCGAAUAGAGGAUCAUUUCUUUCACUAAUUAACUCAUCACUAGGAAAAUCCCAAUUAACUGUAUGUGCUCAACAUAUGGCACUUUCCCUUGCUGCUGCUUCUUCUUCCUCACCUCCCACUACUCGAUAUGAUGUUUUUAUCAGCUUCAGAGGCGAGGACACGCGUAACGGUUUUACCAGCCAUCUUCAUGAUGCUCUCCUCAGAAACCAGAUCCAGACGUUCAUAGAUUAUAGAAUCCCGAAAGGAGGUGUCGUCUGGGAAGAACUUGUUGAAGCCAUCAGAGAUUCAAAGUUGUUUGUUGUUAUCUUCUCCGAAAACUAUGCUUCCUCUAGCUGGUGCUUGAGAGAGCUGGUUGAGAUCAUGGAGUGCAAGGAAAAGAAUGAACAAGUUAUUGUGAUUCCAGUGUUCUAUAAGAUAGAGCUCACACAUGUUCGCAAGCAGAGUGGAAGUUACCGCAGAGCCUUUGAUGAGCAUGAGAGAUCCUCCAACCGUAAACAUGUGCACCAAUGGAGGACGGCGCUCACUCAAGCUUCGAAUCUCUCUGGCUUCACUUGCAAUCACCACAGGCAUGAAGCACAGUUGAUCGAUGAAAUUGUAGAAGCAAUUUUUCCAAAGCUGAAUUAUAAUUGCUAUAGAGAUGAACUCAAAAGUCCUUUUAUCAGCAACAGAAACUAUACCUCUGUUAAAUCUUUACUGAAAUUCAAGUUGGAGAAAAUUCUUGUUAUUGGAAUUUGGGGUAUGGGCGGUAUUGGUAAAACAACUAUUGCUACUACUCUUUUUCAUGAGUACUCUUCAGAAUACAAAGAUCAUUGUUUCUUAGUCUUUUCAAAAAAAUUAGAAAGAAAAGGUGCUAAUCACAUAUGCACUAAACUUCUUUCUCAAUUACUAAAUCAAGAUCUUUGUAUUGCUAAUAUUCGAGUAAUACCCUCUAGUAUUAUUCGUAAACUCAAGCAUAUGAGGGCUUUCAUUGUGCUAGAUGAUGUGGCUAAUUCACAAAUUGCAACUGAUUUGAUUCAACUGCUUUGUAAUUGCCUAAAUUUUGGUAGUAGAAUCAUUUUGACAACAAGAGACAGAAAUGUGCUUUCAAGUGGAGGAGUUGAAGCAAUUCAUGAGGUGAAGGAAAUGAAUUUUGAGGACUCCCUUAAAGUUUUUAGCCAUAAUGCCUUUAAUGAUUCUCAUCCUAAAGAGGAUUAUUAUGAGCUAUCAACAAGAGUCGUAGCAGAUUAUGCCAAAGGAAUACCAUUAGCAUUAAAAAUUUUGGGAUCGUUUUUUCGGACCAUCAAAAGAAAAAGUGAAUGGGAGAGUGCAUUGAGAAAACUAAAAAAGUAUCCCAAUGCAGAUAUUCAGCAAGUGUUGAGACUGAGUUAUGAUGCAUUAGAUGAUGAUGAAAAAAACAUCCUUUUAGAUGUUGCAUGCUUUUUUCACAAGCAUAAAAUGGAAGAAGUAACCAGAAUAUUAAAUUCUUGUGGUUUCUUUGCAGACAUAGGAAUAAAAAGCCUAUUGGACAAGGCUCUUAUAAGUAUUCAUUCAAAUGGUAAAUACAUAAAAAUGCAUAGUUUGAUACAGGAAAUGUGUUGGAAAAUCAUUCAUGAAGAAUCUAGCAAAAAUGGUGGUCGACAAAUAAGACUAUGGAAUACCGAAGAAGUCUGCAAUAUUUUCCAAGAUGAAAGAGAUAUUCAUGGAGUUGAAAGCAUGAUUGUGGAUAUGAAUCAAAUUACAAUAGAUCCACGUAUAAUCAUCAGUGCAUUAAGGAAGAUGCCAAAGUUAAGAUUGCUUGCUUUAAGAGGAAAUAUCAAUUUAGAUCUUGAAUGGAACAGAGUGUUUGUAAAGGAUUUUCAACUUCCGAAUGACUUAAGGUAUAUUGAGUGGAAUAAAUGUCCACUUAAGUUUCUGCCGUCUAUUUGUUGGCCUCAAAAACUUGUUCAACUUUCUAUGGGAGGUAGCACUGUUAAAAAACUUUGGGAUACAAAACAGAUGCUACCAAGUUUGGAGAGGAUUGACCUCCAUAACUGCAAAGGUUUGAUAGAGUGUCCAAAUUUAGCAGGUGCCACGAAUCUCAGAAAAAUAUUACUUUGUGGCUGUGAAAACUUACAAGAUGUUCAUCCAUCUAUUUUCUCUCUCCCCAAGAUUAAAAAAAUAUGUUUGGAUUAUUGCAAGAAGCUGAAGAGGCUUUACAGUGAUUAUUGUUCACCCUCUCUCCGUUGCGUGUGGGCCACUGGUUGCUCGAAUUUGGAAGAGUUCUCAAUCCCAAUGAUAGGGGAUCAUUCCAAAAGCUUAGAUUUAUCGUCCUCAGCUUUGAGUGAAGUGUCAUCCACUAUUAUGCAUCUCAAAAAUCUUACUUGGUUCGGUAGUAAUAUCAGUUACUCUCUUGAAAAACUUCCUCAAAACUUUGCGCGCACAAUUACACUCAUGGAUCCAAUAAAACAUGAAGAUGACACAUGCAUUAUUUUAAGUAGAAUAUUUCCCACCCCUGUCUUCUUGUCUCUCAAUCAAUUAUCUUUCUACAAAUGUAAGAGCUUGUCUAAACUCCCAAACAACAUUCAUGUCUUACAAUCAUUACAAGUAUUAAAACUGCAAAGUUGUCAUGUCAUUACACAUUUGCCAAAAAGUAUUAAGAAUCUUCGAAAGCUCAUAAAACUUUUCAUCGAUGAUUGUAAAAUGCUUCAAUAUGUACCUCCACUUCCCCCAUCUAUUAUAUACUUUGCUGCAAGAAAUUGCAAAUCUUUAAAGACAAUCUCAAGUUUAACAAGUGAACCACCCAAAACACGCAGGGCAUCCUUUAAAUUCUAUAACUGCACAAAGUUGGAUGAUGAUGCAUAUGAAGCAGUUUUGAAAGACUUAAAAUUCAGGAUAGAACUUGCGGCAAGUAAUGGAUGUUCGAAUAUAUCCUUCUACUAUUUACCAAGUAAAGAGAACAUACUUAAUGAUUGGUUCCCUCACUACUACUCUAUAGAAACUUCAAUCACUGUGGAAGUUCCUCCAGAUCACAAGAUUUCUUCUUGUCUUGUUGUCUGCAUGUUGUUUUCUCAAUUCCAAUCUCGUGACUUUAGCAACAAACAUUUGACAUUCAGGUGUGAAUGCUACUUAGAAAAGGGUUGCAACGAAUGGGAAUGGAUAGCAACUUCUGGCAAAACAGUACACUUGACCGAUCAUAAGACCUCUGUGAAUCAAUUUGAAAUGGUGUCAGAUCAUAUGAUAUUAUGGUAUGAUGGAAAGUAUUCGAACAAGAUAAUGGAAGCAAUCAAAGAGAGAAAGAGAGGCACCACUUGCAAUCCUAUCCUUAAAUUUGAGUUCUAUGCUCAUCAACCGGAGGAUAAUGAAGAAGUAGUGAUAAACGGGUGUGGGAUCCGUUGGAUGCAUGUCAUCAAUGAAGAAGAAGAGAUUAGUCCAGAUGUCAUCGAUGAAGGAGAAAUUAUUCCUGAUGUCAUUAUUGAUGAGGGCCAUGAAUAUGAUGACUUGGAGUUGGAGGACCUUCAGAGAACUGGAGAAAGAGUGGAUGUAUAUUGUUGUGCAUUGGAUAUUGUCAAUUGGUUCAAAAGAUUGUUGUGGUGGAGAACAGAGACUAAAGAAGAGAUAUAAUGAAGAUUACUCCAAGUCUCCAAAAAUAGUGUAAUAUUUUCCUAUUAAAUUGAGGUACAGUGACUCGUUCUUUUGGAGAUGAUGUGUUGUGGAAAAAAAAUUUUAUUAGUCUGUAUUUUUUUCCUUGUUUCUUUUUAACUGAGUUGAUAUCGUUUUGUAACUUCUAAAAAAACAAAAAAUUAAAGAGAGGAAAUGAGAAAGAAAGUAUAGAAGUGGGAUGCAAAAUGCAAUUUCACGUGUCUUCACUCA